AUGUCCAAGCAGGCUGCUGACUACUUCGACUCCGGCUCCAUCGGGUACGAGCCGAUUCCAGGGCAAGCCCACUGGCGCAUCUCCAUUGCAGAAGAGGCGAUCCAGGCCACAAAAGGGACCGUGGACUGGCUAGUCGCGGAGAACCCCGAGAUGUCCACCGAGGAAGCCCAGCGCGUCGACGCGGAGUAUGGCGAGAACUACGCCAGGAUGUGCGCGGCGGAGCAGGGGUACCUGAGGCAGGUCUACAUGCGGCGCAUCAGCCGAGCCGAGAACGCGAAGAACCAGACGCUCAAGUCCGCGGCGCCAGGCAUGCGGGUGCGCUACUUCCGCAAGGAGAAGGGCGAGGCCAAGGGCCGAUUCAAGGGGCUCGCGAGGGUGCUGGCCACAGAGACAGCACGCCCCAUGGACGGCGACCUGCAACAGAGCGAGGCACUGCACCCGGGGCGGCCUGGUUCAGUGGUCUGGCUGGUCCGGGCAGGGCGGAUCAUCAAGGCGAUGCGGCAGGAGUUCCUGGACUUCACAGGGCACGAUCCCACAGAGCACGACGUAGAGUUCUUGACCUGGGAAGGAGUUCCUGAUCCAGCACCACCUCUGAAGAGGACUCGCACGACAGAGCUAGCCGAAGACAAGGGUCCCCAGGUGACCCCAAGGGAUCGGCCUGCCCCCCCCAUGCGGAAGCAGAUCCACAAGAAGGGGCAGCAUCCUGGAGGCUCUGCAGACCAGGCAAGGACAUCCAUGGCAGCCACUGCCGAGAAGAACCUGGAGGAGCAGGCGGCACUCAUGGCCAAGGCGACCCCUGGUGCCCGUGCUUUCUGGGCACGACAAGGAACGCCCCUGGAUGUCUCGAUGGAGGUCCCCCUCGCCGGCAAGGCCUCGAGGCAGGCCACCAGGCACAUGAGCACCUGCAUGGCGAGCCAGUUGAGGAAGGGGAAGCGCGAGAUCUCCGAGCGGACCCUCGACCCAGACGAGCUGGACAGAUUCAACAAGGCAAAGGCCACCGAGGUGAACAACUACAUCAUAUCCUCGGUCCUCGAGACCCUGCCCCCCGGAGCAAAAGCGAGGAUCGCGGUCUUGGGCUACAUGGGCCCCGAGUACGAGCAUCGCCCGACCACGGCUCCAACGAUGACGCGUACUUCCAAACACCUGCUGCUGCAGAUGAUGUCGUGGCUUGGCUUCAAGGGGUACAAGGCGGACGUGACUGGAGCUUUCACCCAGAACCGCGAGAUUCAGCACGACCUGUUCGUGAUGCCCGUGAAGGAGUUGGCCACGGCGCUUGGAUUGCCCGAGGGUGUCGCCAUGAGGCUCUGGAAGGCCGUGUACGGGCUCGUCGAGGCAGCCAUUGAGUGGUUCAUGACGGUGAGCGAGGCACUUGCGGAGUUCGGCUGGACCCAGAUGAAGAUGGACCCGUGCGUCUGGGUGCUAUACGGCGACGCGCACGGCCGGGGCAACAGCUUCACCAAGGAGGCGCUGCAGGAGUUCAUUGACCCAGAGCUGCUCGACGAGCUGAUCGCAGCGAAGGGCGACCUUGACAUCGUGGCGGUCGCCGGGUCGCACGUAGACGAUUUCCUGCUGGGCGGCAGGGAAUUUGAUCCGCGAUGGGUCAGGGCUCGAGAGCAGAUUCAAGGGCGUUUAAAGUGGAAGACGUGGGAGACGGAGGAGUUCAUGCAGACCGGAGUGAGGAUCAAGCAGCAGCCCGACAGCAUCAUUCCCUCGUCCACGGUGCAGACCAUCAACGAGACGAACAGGCUGGUCGACCGAGUGCGAGAGUGUGCUGACCUGCCGUUGGUGAUCCAUAGCCACUCACAGGCCCAGGUGCUGGUGCCGAUUGAGUGGCCCGACUCGUCCGAGUCGAACCGGCCCGACGGGAAGUCCACCAAGGGCCUGGUCGCAGGCAUGGCCCCUCUGAAGAUCCUCAAGGGCGACGAGGCGGACGUGAGCCUGGCUCGAUCCGCGGUGGAUGCGGAGGACGAGCUGUUCGGUAUCACGUUGCAGUGGCUCGAGAUGCUAGGCAACGCCAUCGACUGGCGCAACCCGGAGGACGCACUUGCCAACCUGCCAGGGGCCGUCGUGGUGGAUGCCAAGAGCCUGUACGACAAACUCCAGACAACAGUCUACACCUUCCGUGGUAAGGAGAAACGGACUGACGUGGAGGCGAUGACACUGAAGGAAGGGACCCAGGCCGCCAACAACUGGAUGCUCUGGGUCCACGGUGAUGCCCAGCUAGCAAGCUCCCUGACCAAGGGGCACGAGCCAGGACAGCUAAGGAUGUACUUCAGCAGCGGCCAUCGCUGGAAGCUGGUCUGCGACGCCAAGUACCAGAGUGCACGUAAACGGAAGGUAGCAGGGACCCUUCCAUUCGAGAAUGUUCCACAGGAGGUCGUGAGGAGCUCAGAGUCAUCGAGGGAGCCAGCCUCUGGAGCAGCUAACCAGGAGUUUCCGGAGUACGAGGCCAUCUCGAGCGAUGAGUCAGAUGAAGAUGGCAUGCUCAGCUCGGAGGACCCUUAUCCGUGCAGAUCUGGUUCGGAGCAAGCCUGA